AUGGCUUCUCUCGCCAUGUUUCGUCUCACAGCUCGUCCCGCCACUUCCGCCUUCCUCAGACCCUGCACCCGGUCGUUCAAGAGAGCUCCAGCUGUCACUCAAUCGUUUUCCGCAAGGUCCCCAUUCAGCUCUUCGGCCAUCCAAAGAAGUGCCGGCCACGAAGACGAAACGUUCGAGGAAUUCUCUGCGAGGUACGGUCCCGAUGGAGCUUGGUCUGGGGUAUACUGGUCGUCGAAGCACUAUUUGGCGCUGCUGCAAAACACAUUGGCUGAUGUCUUUGAGCUUCAGCGAAACCUCAACAAUGCCUUUGCCUACGAUCUCGUCCCUUCUCCCGGGGUUGUGACAGCUGCUUUGAAAGCUGCCAGACGUGUCAACGAUUUCCCUACAGCUGUGAGAAUAUUUGAAGGCAUCAAAGCAAAGGUCGAGAACAUUCAACAAUAUCAGGAAUACCUAGAGGAGCUGAAACCUCUGCGCGAAGAGCUCGGGAUUAACCUGAAAGAAGACCUCUAUCCCGAAAACAGUGACAGCCCAUACCACAACCCAUAG